ACAUGGCUGUGACAUCACGACCUCCUCUAAGCCACUUCAUAGCAUCUGCUGUGAGGGAGACCGGCUGUUGUGGAGCUGUAGGGCUGCAGGCUGUGCCUCUCCUCACUUGCCCGGCUGUACAUGCUGCUCUUCCCCGGCCUCGGGUACCGAACACGCGCCGCUAAACAUGGACUAUGACUUCAAGGUGAAGCUGACAGGCGAGCGGGAGAGGGUAGAGGACCUGUUUGAGUACGAGGGCUGCAAAGUUGGAAGAGGCACUUAUGGGCAUGUGUACAAAGCCAAGCGGAAAGAUGGGAAAGAUGACCGAGAUUAUGCUUUAAAACAGAUAGAAGGCACUGGAAUUUCCAUGUCUGCAUGCAGAGAAAUUGCACUUCUGCGGGAGCUGAAACAUCCAAAUGUAAUUUCUCUACAGAAAGUGUUCCUUUCACACGCUGACCGGAAAGUCUGGCUUUUGUUUGAUUUCGCAGAGCAUGACUUAUGGCACAUCAUCAAAUUUCACAGGGCCUCCAAAGCAAACAAGAAACCUGUGCAGUUACCUCGGGGAAUGGUGAAGUCACUGCUUUAUCAGAUUUUAGAUGGUAUUCACUACCUUCAUGCAAACUGGGUUUUACAUAGAGAUUUGAAACCGGCAAAUAUUUUGGUAAUGGGUGAAGGUCCAGAACGAGGACGAGUAAAAAUAGCGGACAUGGGAUUUGCCCGGUUAUUUAAUUCACCUUUAAAGCCUUUAGCAGAUUUAGACCCUGUAGUUGUUACUUUCUGGUAUCGCGCCCCAGAAUUAUUGCUGGGGGCACGCCAUUAUACCAAAGCUAUUGAUAUUUGGGCUAUAGGAUGUAUAUUUGCAGAGCUUCUAACGUCAGAGCCAAUUUUUCAUUGUCGACAGGAAGAUAUCAAAACUAGUAACCCUUAUCAUCACGACCAGCUGGAUAGAAUAUUUAAUGUCAUGGGAUUUCCUGCAGAUAAAGAUUGGGAAGACAUUAAAAAGAUGCCUGAGCAUUCAACUCUAAUAAAGGACUUCCGCAGGAACACGUACACCAACUGCAGCCUUAUAAAAUACAUGGAAAAGCAUAAAGUAAAACCAGACAGCAAAACAUUCCACUUGCUUCAGAAAUUGCUCACAAUGGACCCAAUCAAAAGAAUUUCCUCAGAGCAAGCUAUGCAGGAUCCAUAUUUUCUAGAAGAUCCACUUCCUACUUCAGAUGUUUUUGCAGGCUGCCAGAUUCCAUAUCCCAAGCGAGAGUUUUUGACCGAAGAGGAACCUGAUGAUAAGGGAGACAAAAAAAACCAACAGCAGCAGCAAGGCAAUAACCAUACAAAUGGAACAGGUCACCCAGGAAAUCAAGAUAACAGUCACGCACAAGGGCCACCUCUGAAGAAAGUGAGAGUUGUUCCCCCUACCACUACCUCAGGUGGACUCAUAAUGACCUCAGACUAUCAGCGUUCCAAUCCACAUGCUGCUUAUCAAAACCCUGGACCAAGCACAUCCCAACCUCAGAGCAGCAUGGGAUAUACAUCUACCUCCCAGCAGCCUCCACAAUACUCACAUCAGACUCACCGGUACUGAGCUGUACCAGAGGGAAACAAACAAAAAGUCAAUGCACUGUUGCUUUGGCUACAGGACUGAGCAUGUAGCUGUCUGCCUGAAGCCUGGCUUUGGAAUGUACAACCUGUCCAGCAGCCAAGUUAUACAAACAUUACAGAGAAUGUAGACCCCCCCCCCAUACGAAGGGUAAGAGUGCUAGCCCAGUUGGCAACGUGGAUUUGCUACUUCCAUAGUUUACUUGAAAAUGAUUCAAACUGACCAAUGCAUACUUUUUUUCAGUGAUGGAAGCAGUUGAAGCUGUGAAAGUAUGUUAGGAGCAAACACUUAUUAGUAUGCUUUUUUUUUUUUUUUUAAAUCAUGGUGAAAAUAUGAUCCGACCAAUAAGAAUCGGUCUUCACUGGUAUGGACACACAAAAUCAUUGAAAGAUAAAUUGUGCUGCUGUUCUGUUCAAUAUACAUUUCUUUACACAUUGUUUUCAGGUGAUAAACGAUUAUCUCCUUGAUCAUUGUUUUUUGACCAGUAAAUCUUUUUUUCCUCCAACACUUUAUCACUCAACAAAACGUAGGGAUGCACCAAAUCCACUAUUUUGGAUUCAGCCAAACCCCGAAUCCUUCGCGAAAGAUUCGGCCGAACCGAAUCCUAAUUUAAGGAUGGGAAGGGGAAAAUGUUUUUUACUUCCUUGGUUUGUGACAAAGGGUAGGACUAUAUGGACUUUUUCGGCGCGAUCCGACACAUUGCAACAAAACGCAUGCGACGGAAAUAAGGUAAAUAUUGGAAAUGUCGCAGCGUUGAUCCGAAACGACUGUCGGAUGCAGGUGAAGCGUCGUAUCAACGCUGCAACAUUUCAUUACUUACAUUAUUUCUGUCGCAUGCGAUCUGACGCAUGUGGUUUGUUGCAGCGCGUUGGAUCGCACCCGAAAACGUCCAUGUAGACCUACCCAAAAAGUCACGCAGUUUCCCUAGGAUUUGGUUCGGCCGGGCAGAAAGAUUCGGCUGAAUCUGAAUCCUGCUGAAAAAGGCCGAAUCCCCAACCGAAUCCUUGUCCUUGAUUCAGUGCAUCCCUAACAAAAAGCAACAAAAAAAAACCUUUUUUUUUUUUUUAUGUACGAGCCUCCCAAAGAUUCUAUUUCAGCUUAGGUUUUAAACUUGACUAGUAUUAAAGCUGCUAUUUGAUAUGAAAUAUGUUUCUUUUGAAAUGGAUACAAACCUGUUUGCAGAGGCAAGCAAGGGCAACCGAUCCUCUUCAACAAUGUUUUUUAAUUUUUUUUUUUUUCCUGUUGGUGUUGCUGAAUUGUGAGCAUGCUAUGGAGUUCUGACAAAAUAAAACAAAAACAAAAAAAGGCAAAAAAAAUUGGAAUUAAAUAUAGGCCUCGUUAGGGCAAGGCAUCUGUUCAGGCCCUUUAAGCUGGCUUGGUGUAGUGUAAUUCAGUUCAACUUCGGUUUUCUAUCUUUCAUUUCAUGGCCCCCUUAGGGUCGUCUCUGUUGCAUCGGAGAAUAAAAGGUAGAAAGGCCUUAGAAUUUACAAGGAUACAAAACUUUAACAUACAAUGUACUGUAUCAGACUAUUUUACAUUAAUGACAAGUAUUCUGAUUUAAAAAAAACACAUUGUUAACACAAGGUGUUAAGUAAUAAAUUUAUUUUUCAUAAAA